CCACCGGAUUUGAGGGCUAAAACCAAAACCCGAAUCGAACAACACUGACGAAAAGUGAAAGAGGGUUUCCAAAACCCUACCGUAUAUAUUUUACGGUCUGCGUGCGACUUCGCAGCCUCGAGACGUUUCACGUUUCUCUGCAAAUUGGAAGCGAAAUGCCAAAGCAAAUCCAUGAGAUUAAGGACUUCCUUCUUACUGCAAGAAGGAAGGAUGCACGAUCUGUGAAAAUCAAGAGAAGCAGAGACGUUGUUAAGUUUAAGGUUCGAUGCUCAAAGUACCUCUACACACUCUGUGUUUUUGAUUCAGAGAAGGCUGACAAGUUGAAGCAAUCCCUUCCACCAGGUUUGACUGUUCAGGACCUUUGAAGUAGUGCAGUGUCAUCUUCUUUCAUGCUUGGAAUGGAAUAUUUGUUUUUUUUUC